AUAUUCUUCUGUUAUCAGUGUCCUCAGGAGAGGCGAUGAUGAUGAAUGGGCCACCAACAUCUGCUCCAAUGAGGCCACCUAUUGGUGUUCCCCCUCCCGGUAUGCCAAUGAUGCCACCACCAGGCUUGCCUCCUCCGGGUAUGCCUCCUAUGCCCCCUAUGGGUAUGCCUCCUCCAGGCGCACCACCUCUUAUGCCCCCACCCAUGCCACCAAAUAUGCGGCCUCCUCCAUUGCCCCCAAAUAUGGCACCACCAGGAAGCUCGGAGCGUCCUAUAAUUUCAAAUGCAGGCCGGCCUCCAAUGCCGCCACCACCUGGUUUAAUGCCGCCACCACCUGCACCUUCUAUGGGGAGCGGUAUGCCGAUGAGAAGUCAAUUUA